AUGUUACAACAGAGACAGCGACUAUCAGUAGCACAACAUGAAGCAGAAAAAUCUAAUAUGAAUAUGACUUCAAUUCACUGCAAACUUCAAGAAGAAGCUGAGAAAAUUCGAAAAUGGCAAACGACUUCAGAAAUUGAGCUUAAGCAAAAAAUCGCCAAGCUCAAAGAGUGUGAGCGUCUUAUCACAAACCAACGUAAUCAAGUGUUAGAGAAGCAGAUCGAAAAUGAAAAUCUGGUGACUUUACUUCAAAAGGAACAGAUGAAUCAAGCACAGAUCAAUGUGAAGUUAAAAACUGCCAGGGAGUUGUUCAUUGCUCUUAAAAAUCACUCUGAAAAUCUUCAAACAUCUAUUGUCCGUGGUGAAGAAGAUAGAGACUCGCUAAGAAUGUUAGCUGCUGAUAACAUUAAGCAGAUUCAAGAGAUGAAAACCAAAAUGCUGGAAGUGGUUGAAGCUACUGAAAAAAGAGUAGAUGCUCUGAAAGCUUGUGUCAAAGAGAAAGAAAUUACCCUUGAAGAACUAGCAUUUUCAUCCAAAAAUGAAAUUGAGAGCACCAAAAAUACCAAUAUGGCUUUAGAAAAGGAAGUUGCUUCUUGUAAAUUGGACAUUGAUGAUAUUUCUAGACAGUUACUUGACAAACGCAGUGUCAUCUCUUCCCUCGAAGAUAAGAUAAAGAAUUUAGAAAGUGACAAAACCAAGCAGCUAGCUUUUAUAGCCUCUCAAGACUCAAAGCUAGAUGAACUUCAAAAUAUGAUCAAUGUAACUAAAUCAGCCUAUAAGUGUGCACAGGAGAAUGUAGAAAAACUACAGCAAGAAAGUAAAAACAUUUCAGAUCAGUUCAACAGUUACAAAGAUGAUGCUGAGCAGCAAAUUGAGGAACUUCAAACUGAGCUGACUGAGCUAACUGAUUCACUAACUCAGUUGUCGACUCAAUAUAAUGAGAUGGCAUCAAAGAAUGAUCGCAUUGAGAGUGAAAAUAGGUCGCUGAAAGAUAGUGUUUCCCAACUGGUCAAAUGCGUGGAAGAUCUACAGGAAAAGCAAGAAUGUAGUGAAGCUGAAGUGAAGAAUCUAACUGAUACAUGUAGCACAGCAAUGAAGAAUGAGCUUGAGCUGAAGGCUUUAGUUGAAGAUAAAGAAGCCAAAAUGCAAGAACUGUCUCGUACCAGAGAAGAGAUUGAAACUCAGCUUAACUCUAUAUCUGAAAGUCUUAAUAGUGUUCAGUUAAAAGAGGUUGAAUACUUGCAAGAAAUCGAAGGCCUCACGUUGUCCAAUAGAACAAAGGAUAACAAGCUAGUAGAGUUAGAAAAUAAAUCAUCUGACCAUGACAAUCACUCAAAAACAAUUGCAUCUGAUUUAGACAAAAUGGUGUUGGAAUAUCGUGAAUUGAAAAGCAAAUGUGAACAACUUGAGCAGGAUUACCAAUCUAUGGCCUUGUCAUUGUCGGGAAAAGAUUGUGAGCUAGGGGAGCUGGUUUCUAAAAAUGAGUCAUUAAAACAGCUAGUCAAUGAAUUGUUGCUGAGUAUGCAACAUUUAAAAGAUGAACACGAUAACCUCACCAGAACAGUGUCAGUCAUGCAAGAAACAUUUGACUGCUGCAGCAGUGAAAUGAAAUCAUUGAGAGGAAGUGUACGACAUCAGGACAACAUACUUGCCAAAAAAGAUGCAGCAGCUUUAAAGCUGAAAGACCAAAUUCAAUCCUCAGCUCAGAAGAUAACAGAUCUCUUGAAAUCUGCUAUGAAGUUAGAGCAAAAUUUGUCGGACAUUUCUUCAAGAAAAGAUAAAGCAGAAAAAUUAGUUGAAGAAAAGAUGAAGAUCUGCUGUGACCUAGAGCAGAAGAAUUUCCAAUUACAAGCUAGAGUCGAUCAGCUUUUGAUAGAAGUUGACAAAUCUAAAUCGUCAAUAAAUUCAGCUGUAAUUGAUUCCUCAGAUCGUCAACAGAAAUUAUACGAUCAACUGAGUGAAGCCACUGCAAGUCUUCGUGAGAAAGAUAUGUUGAUAAAAAACUUAAACGGUGAUUUAGCUAAAGUGAAGAUUGAUUUGUCUAAAGAGUUGAAAAACGUCGCAUUCCAAAAAGAAGCUUGUGAAAAGGAGAAUGUGCAAUUAAAGAGCUCCAUUUCCAAUAAGGCUGGGGAUAUAUCAGCAUUGGCAGAAGAAAUCAGCAAACUCCAAAACAAAAUACUGAAGCUUGAUGAUGCCAAAAUAACAUCAACCUCUGCAACCACUGACGAACUGAAAUCGUUAAACUUGAAAAUCGGACUUUUGGAACAAGCCAAAAAGGAACUCUUGGAAAAAUUGUCUCUUCAUCAAGCUGAACAGAAAUUGAGUGAUUCUGAAAAGUUAAAGUUUGAAGGAUUUUUGACUGAAAAGCAAAAUGAAGUUGCUGACCUACAUUUGAAAAUGGAGCAGUUAGAAUCAGACAAUUCUAAAUAUCGUUUUCAAUAUGAGGAUCUUAAAACCGAAAUGGGUGUAUUGAAGGACAAACAAAAGAAUUUCAAGGUCACUAGUCAAAAGUUGAAAGAGAAAGAAGGUCAGUUAAAAAUUGCAAAUGCGAAUUUAGAACAAUACUCUACUGCCGAGAAGGGAUAUCAGUCGACUAUUGAUAAACUGAAGAAGGAGAUUAAGAAGCUCAACAAGAGCAAAGUUGAAGCUGUUUUAUCCAAUGUGUCCUCUAAAUCCCCAGCAGUUGGUGACAUAUCUUCCUUCACCAGCCCAAUUAAACGACCCAAGAUAGCCAACCCUGAUUCUCCUAAAACUCCCACUGUUAGUAGGUCCAAGAAGCGACGUGUUGCAUUUGGGAAGUCUCCCUCGUGGCAUGAACCAUCAGAUGAAGAAGAGGCUGAUAUGACUGUUUCAAGUUCCACUAAUUCUAAACCAAACAAAGUAAAGUACCUGUCAAUGAGCAAAUCACCAAAAACAACAACAUAUGCCUCCGCAAAGUCCCCUUGCAGAUUGAAACUAUCAAAAUCUCCUGGCCCAGUUACUGAUUUACUUGCUAAAUACCCCACCCCAUCUAGUGCACAAAAACGGGGAGUCAAACUUCCAGAUGCUUAUCUUAAGAGAAAAGAAGCUAAUGAAAAGAAGAAACAAAAAAUUAAGGUCGAAGCAAGUUCAUGGUUUGAUUCAGACUCUGCAUUUGGGUUUGAUGAAAUGUAAAUCACGAAAAUCUAUCAAAAAACUUUUAUACUACCUGUGUGCCUAACUACCAUAUUUUUAUCGAGUUAUUUGUUCAGAAACAGUAUUUUUAGAAGAUGUACACGGAAUAUGGAACCAGACAGGUUCAAAUCACAGUGACAAUUA